CUAAUAUUGGCAACACCUGCUUCAUGAACUCUGCUCUGCAGUGCCUGCUGGGGCUGCCAGCAUUUUGCAGAGACAUCCUGAGACAGCAGAACAUCUGGAUUUCCUCCCCCUCCUCUAAACUGCUAUGCUGCUUUGCCAAGUUACAUCAGGCCAGGCUUUCUGGAGGCACUGUUAAUGCUAAGAACAAGGAAAAUAAGAAAAUCCUUCAAACAGUCAAGCGCUGUCUUUCCGUUGUCAAUGAGGACUAUGAGGAAGACUAUGAACAGGAUGCCCAUGAAUGUGUGUUGCUCCUCCUCCUUCAGCUGAAGGAGGAGGGUAUGGCAUUAAAGGGCUCACCAGAGCCAUACACCUGCCCCGUGAAGCAGUUAGAAUUCAAGCUGAAGACUUCCCGUACCUGCACCAGCUGUGGAGUUAUAGUGUAUGGUCAUGAGGAUUAUAAUCACCUGUCACUGAGCCUGAGCCAUUACCUGCCACACAGCCUGGACCUCUACUUUAAGCCAUCUGCGUUAGAGUGUGCAUGCAGGGUGUGCUCAGGCAGCACAGCAUCUGUGACUAGGCACUUCCUCACGCUGCCCCGGGUCCUAAUGCUUCAUAUCAAGCGAUUUACUGCAGGCGACUGGGAGCCAGAGAAGUUGGAUGAUCCCAUGUCCAUCCCUGCAGAAAUAACCCUCCCAGCCGUAUGUGGGAAGACAGCCCAUGUCCAGUAUGGAGCCAGGGCAAGCUCCCUGGGGAGAAACAACAUGGACAACACACCUGCAAACUCCCCGAAAGGCACCUUUGAUAGACCAGGUAAGACAUUGUGUUACUGACUUCAUGCAGAACACCCUCUCAUGAAACAGGACUGUUGAGGAAAGCAAGUCGGAAGCUGAAGUUAAGAGUAUAUUUGUUGAUGGGUUUCCACUUCACUUUCUGGUUUGUAUUUACACUAUAUUUGAUAUACCCCCACCAGCUUCAAAUUCCUCUGACCAGCUAGAGAAACCAGCUGACAGUGAGAAAAAGCAGCAGGCAGCCGGUGUGAGACACCAGCCAGACAAUAUCUACAAAUUGUCAAGUGUGAUCUCACAUCUGGGAGACAACAUGUAUACAGGCCACUACAUCAGUGAUGUUUUGGACAGCCGUGGCAGUGGGUGGCUCUGCCUGGAUGACGCACAUGUCUUGAGGACAGAUGAGGCCACUGUGCUGAAGGAGAUUGCACAGACUGCCUACAUCCUGUUCUAUGUCUGCAGACAUUGUAUGUACAUGUAAGAUCUCCCUGUCAUUUCUCAUUGAAGUGGAGCAGGUGAAGGAGACCAGGCCCCUCACUACCAGGAGAAGCACCAGGAGAACCCAUCAUUAAACUCAGGGAGAGGCACAGCGCUCAGGGACCACCUGGAGUAGCACGUACCACACACCAAGAAACAUCAGAUUAAUCGAAUUAGGCUGCCCUACACCACCAUCAACUGCCUUAGACCACCAUCAAGCUGCCUUAGACCACCAUCAAGCUGCCCUACACCCCCAUCAGACUGCCCUACUGCACCAUCAAGCUGCCCUAUACCACCAUCAAGCUGCCCUAGACCACCAUCAAGCUGCCUUACACCACCAUCAAGCUGCCCUACACCACCAUCAAGCUGCCUUAGAACACCAUCAACUGCCUUAGACCACCAUCAAGCUGCCCUACACCACCAUCAAGCUGCCCUAGACCACCAUCAAGCCUCCCUACACCACCAUCAAGCUGCCCUACUCCACCAUCAAGAAGCCCUAUACCACCAUCAAGCUGCCCUUAA